ACCUGCAGAACAGGGGGAAAGUGCGUACAUCAGGAAUCCUGGAACGUGCCAUGUGCUUUUCUGUGCUGUGGGAGUGGAAUUUUCAGGAAGCAGCUGUGUUGUGGGUGAUAGUCAUACUUUAUUCUCUAGAAUUCUCCAGUUUCAAAUGGCCUGUUGAUGCCAAAGCACCAUGGCACACGUACCCAUCAGGGCACGGGGUGCUGUCUUCCCCACCUAUGAUCUGAAAUGGCCGGCGCCGCACCUCCCGAACCCAGCUUAGAUGCGUGGUUGCCACGGAGGCAGGAAGAAUGAUUUGCUAGCCGCCAAAAGCCCAGGUCCUCCAACAGGGAAGUCCCAGCAGGGUGUGGCGUCCCAAACCUACACAAGUGAUUCCACUGCGUGUUCCUGCACUCCCUGCCCCUGCACUUGGGUCAAGGCAGCAUUCCAAAGGAAGCCAGGAGAGAGGACUCAUCCAUCCGAACCCUUCUCUGAAUUGGUGGGUGACUCGAUAG